AUGAUCGCUGCCAACGUCCUCGCUCUCGCUCUCGCCGCCGUCGGCGCUGCUGCCGCUCCCCUCGCCAAGCGAUCGAGCGGUCAGGCUACCUACUACGCCGCUGGUCUCGGUGCAUGUGGUUGGACCAACUCUGGCUCCGACUUCAUCGUUGCCAUGAACGCUCCCGAGUGGAACGGUGGUUCCAACUGCGGUAAGACCGUCACUAUCACCAACACCCAGAACGGCAACACCCAGCAGGCUCAGGUCGUCGACCUCUGCCCCGGCUGCUCGUGGGGCUCCCUCGACAUGUCCACCGCCCUGUUCUCUGCCCUGAACAACGGUAACAUGGACGCUGGUGUCUUCCCCAUCUCCUGGUCGUACGGCUCUGGCUCGUCUGCUCAGCAGAGCAACAACCAGCAGCACCAGCAGCAGCAGCAGCAGGCCGCUACCUCGUCGAGCUCCACUCCCCAGGCCACCUACACCAAGACCUACUCGCCUUCGUCGACCCCCACCCCCGUCUCGGUGUCCUACACCCAGGCUACCCCCACCUCGUUCACCACUUACGCUCCCCAGCCCUCGUCGUCGUCCAACUCCAAGACCGUCGUCUCCUCGCCCGAGUGGUGGGCUGACGUGAACAACGCCUGUGGCUUCGUUCAGGAUGCUCGCUCGCUCCCCAUCGCCAUCUCGGCCUCGUCGCUCCUCUCGGCUGACAAGCUCCAGAGCGCUUGCGGCAAGUGGAUCCAGAUCAAGAACAACCAGAACGGCAAGGAGCUCUCCGUCCAGGUUGUCAACUUCUACGACGGCCCCGAGGGUGAGGUCGCCCUUGGUGAGGGUUACAAGCGCCUCGCCAACAACUACGAGAACCCCGAGACCAUCGAGUCGGUCACCUGGGGCUUCAUCGACGGACAGGACAUUUAA